GCCCCCUUCUACACGAUCACGCUGAGCUAGUACCCGCGCCUGGAAUCGGGUCGCAACCCCAGCCGCGCCUGCCGCCUGCCACUGCCUCUGGACCAUGGACCCCCGCAAAGUGAGCGAGCUUCGGGCUUUCGUGAAAAUGUGUAAGCAGGAUCCGAGCGUUCUGCACACCGAGGAAAUGCGUUUCCUGCGGGAGUGGGUGGAGAGCAUGGGGGGUAAAAUACCACCUGCCACUCAUAAAACUAAAUCUGAAGACAGUAUCAAGGAAGAAAAACCAGAUAGUAAGAAGGCGGAGGAAAACAUAAAGAUAGAUGAACCAUCAAGUGAGGAGAGUGAUCUAGAAAUUGACAAUGAAGGUGUGAUUGAACCAGAUACCGAUGCCCCUCAAGAAAUGGGAGAUGAAAAUGCAGAGAUAACCGAGGAAAUGAUGGAUCAGGCAAAUGAUAAAAAAGUGGCUGCCAUUGAUGCCCUAAAUGAUGGUGAACUACAGAAAGCCAUUGACUUGUUCACAGAUGCCAUCAAACUAAAUCCUCGCUUGGCCAUUCUGUAUGCCAAGAGAGCCAGUGUCUUCAUCAAAUUACAGAAGCCAAAUGCUGCCAUUCGAGACUGUGACACAGCUAUUGAAAUAAAUCCUGAUUCAGCUCAGCCUUAUAAGUGGUGCGGGAAAGCACAUAGACUUCUGGGCCAUUGGGAAGAAGCAGCACAUGAUCUUGCCCUUGCUUGCAAACUGGAUUAUGAUGAAGAUGCUAGUGCGAUGCUGAAAGAAGUUCAACCGAGGGCCCAGAAAAUUGCUGAACAUCGGAGAAAAUAUGAGCGAAAACGUGAAGAGCGAGAGAUCAAAGAAAGAAUAGAAAGGGUUAAGAAGGCUCGGGAAGAACACGAGAGAGCCCAGAGGGAGGAAGAAGCCAGACGACAAUCAGGAGCUCAGUAUGGCUCUUUCCCAGGUGGCUUUCCUGGGGGAAUGCCGGGUAAUUUUCCUGGAGGAAUGCCUGGAAUGGCAGGGGGGAUGCCUGGAAUGGCAGGAAUGCCUGGGCUCAAUGAAAUUCUUAGUGAUCCGGAAGUUCUUGCAGCCAUGCAGGAUCCAGAAGUUAUGGUGGCCUUCCAGGAUGUGGCCCAGAACCCAGCGAAUAUGUCAAAAUAUCAGAGCAACCCAAAGGUUAUGAAUCUCAUCAGUAAAUUUUCAGCCAAAUUUGGAGGUCAAGCAUAAUGCCCUUCUGACAAAUAAAGCCCUUGCUGAAGGAAAAGCAACUUCGAUCACCUAAUGGAUGUCGCAAUAAUACAAACCAGUGUACCUCCGACCUUCUCAUGAAGAAAGCUGGGGUGCUGUGAAGAGAAUCCCUACCCCUCUGCUCCCCAUGCAACUGAAACAUUCUACAAUGGUUUGCCAUUAGGGUAUUCAUUCAGAUAAUGUUUUCCUACUAGGAACUACAAACUUUAAACACUUUUUAAACCUUAAAAAUAUUUAAAAACAUAUUAAAAGGGUGUGUUAGUCCCUACAUUCUUCUUUACUAAUCAUUUCAGUUUUUUUCCUUUGGAUUAAUUGGGCAAGGAAGAUAUUUGAGUGUGGAAGAUUCAUUGCUCAGUUAUAACGAGUGAAAUAAAGGUUUAUUAGUAGGAGGCAAAUAAUACAUUAAAAUAGAUGAAGUUUGA